AUGUUAUUGGAUGGAGCUAUGACAGAUAACAGAAUUGGAGGAUUCCAAGUGGAUGAGAAUGGUACUGUGGUGUCUCAUCUGAAAUUUGCUGAUGACACAUUAAUAAUGCUCAAUGCUUCAAUCAUGGAGGUAAGAAGAUUACUUGUUAUUCUGUUGUUGUUUGAGCUGAUGACGGGAUUAAAAUUGAAUCUGGAUAAGAGUUCAAUGGAAAGUAUAGGUGCAGAUGACCACAUUCAAGAGCUAGCAAUGGAAUUGGGAUGUAAAAGGGAUGUUUUGCCUCUUAUUUAUUUGGGUAUGCCAAUUGGAGCUACUAAAAGAAGUGUGUCAAUCUGGGAUAUGGUGAUUGAAAGAAUGAAAAAUAAGCUUGCUCCUUGGAAAAGGAAGUUCCUCAACAAGGAAGGUAGAAUAACACUAAUAAUAACUUCUCUUGAGAGUAUUGCAACUUAUUAUUUGUCAGUGUACCAUUUGCCAGUUUCAGCGGAGAAGAAAUUAAACAGCAUUAUGAGGAAAUUUUUAUAA